AUGCUGAGAGUCGGCCAACGCACAUCCGCUGUCACAGCACAACGCCUAUCAAUAGGCUCUCAGCUUAGGGCACAAUCCGAUGCCACGAAAUCGCAAGACAAUGCAUCGUCAAGCAGUGACAAAGAAGACCCCGUGGAGAAAGGAGCUGUGAAGGCAGCGGCUCAGAAGUCCACUGUCAAGAGAAGCUCUACGCAGUCGGACGAAGACAUUCGAAAGGCCAUGGAGGGCCUGUCUGGGGACGGUGGGGAAGCUGGUCUUGAGUUGGAAGACGGCAAAGCUGUGUCGAUGAAACGAGGAGUACGCGAAAACAUGUUUCGCUAUAUUUGA